CGUUCGAGGACGAGAGAAUAUUAAAAUAUGGCGACGACAACACGUCCAGCCACGCCGAUAGAAUAUUAUUUUUCAUUAGUCUGACACAUGAGACGAGGCUCUGUCUCUUGGACAGCGUAACUUCAUUGUGUCAAAAUGGCACAGAACAUUUUGAAAAGCAGUUUAGAAAAUGCUUCCUUCAAUAUUGUAUUUCAGAUAUUAUGUCGCUGUGUAACUUUUGUCCUAAAUGCCUUUGUCGUGCGGCACGUCGGUCAAGCGGUAUUGGGCGUGAUGAAUGUCAGAUUACUACUCCUGGAGUCCAUGAUACUGUUCUUGUCUCGAGAACCAUUCAUGAAAGCAUGUCUGACCAACACGGCUGAUCAUAAUUGGGCACAAGUCGUUAACUUGUUAUGGCUUACGGUACCCAUAUGUGUCAUAAUGUCAUUGAUUUUCGGGUACAUAUGGCUCUUCACCCUCACUACCACCGAGGCUCUACCAUCCUAUUACUCGUUCGCUGUCGUCGCCGUCGCUAUUUCCUGUAUCAUUGAACUUUCAUCUCUGGUCGUUCAGCUUGUAUCCAGCGCCUUCCUCUUCGUCAGACUGAAGAUAAUUCUCGACACAGCAAUGAUCGCUUUUCGAACUCUCACAUUCGUUCCGUUGGUUCUAUACCGACCUGAAAAUGCUCUCCUCGCUUUCGGCGUUGCACAGCUAGUUGCAGCGAUAUUUUACACAAUCAGUCAUUACACUUAUUUUCAUUAUUACAUUAAAACGUUGAACAAAUCGAGCAGAAAGAGAAAAAUGUCAGUACGCGAUAGUUCCGACGAGCUGGUACCAAAAGAAUUUCCAUUUCAUUCGGUGAAGGAUUUUUUGCCAGGACAAUUGCAGAACAGCGGAGUUCGUUUCGACGAAAAAUUGACUGUACUGACGUGGAGCUUUUUCCGGCAAGGCAUACUCAAGCAAAUAUUAACAGAGGGCGAGAGAUUAAUUAUGACGAUACUUCCAGUAUUGACGUUCACCGAACAGGGUACUUACGAGGUUGUGAAUAAUUUAGGAUCUCUAGCAGCAAGAUUCAUCUUCCGGCCGAUCGAAGAUAGUGGCUAUUUUUAUUUUACACAAAUGGUCAAACGUGAUCAGUCAUUAUCGGAUCAAAACCCGACAAAAAUCCGUGAAAGUGUAAAUGUACUAACGCACUUGUGUUCGACCGUGGCUUCGUUGGGCCUCGUAGUUUUCGUAUUCGGUCAAUCAUACUCGUCAACUCUUCUGUGGCUGUACGGAGGGGCCAAAUUGACGACAAGUUUGCCUGUUCUUCUAUUACGUGCGCACUGUUUGGCAGUUUUACUUUUGGGAAUAAAUGGCGUUACGGAAUGUUAUACGAACGCAACAGCGGACAGCGUGACGAUAAACAAGAGCAAUCUCAUCAUGAUUUACGAAUCGGCAGCUUUUCUCUGCGCCUCUUAUCUCCUAGCAACGUGGUUCGGCCCCGUUGGCUUUAUUUUCGGUAAUUGCGUCAAUAUGGGACUCAGGAUUAUUCACUCGACUAUGUUUAUCAACAAGCGACACCGUGAUACGGUUUAUCGUCCGCUCCGCGGCAUCGUUCCCACACCCGUUUUCACUUCGACUCUCAUAGUCUCGGCUUUGGUAACGAAUAUAUCUCAAGCUUAUCUAUUUCCUGAGGAAAAAUUGCUCCAUCUGCUCGUUGGUAUAGUGAUGUUUGUCGUAGUUUUAUUGUCCUGGGUCUACGAACACGACGAACUUAUAAAGAUAGCGGUAAACAAAUGGUACGAGCGACGAAAUCGUCAAAACGCUGCAACGAGUAGUAGGAAGAAUGAUUGACCUUAAUUAAAGUACUUAGUUGAUCGAGUGAAAACAAAAAAACUAAUAAAUCGAAACGUCCGAAAAUUGUUAGUCGCGUUGAGCGCGAAAAUGACAAAAAUCCAUCCAUACUGUAACGAGCUGAAUGAAAACUGAUAAUUGACUAUCAUAUCGUAACUUUAUUUCAUAAAUUUGCACAAUUUUAUCAGUUUUUCCUUAUCACUUACUCGUGGUCCAUGAAGAUGUCGUCUUCAUAAUUAUGAGUGUUUUGCCAAGAAUUACGAUUCGAUUUUUCAUUCGAUAAAUAAUUCAGCAGGAUAUUUGUUUAUACAAAAAAAUAAAAACGUCGAUUUUUGUCGCGCUUACGCCAGAGAUGCUCGAGUUUUCAGUGGGUGGGAUUUUUGUAAACGGCCCCGAUCAUUGGCCCUUCACGCCGUAUCAGGCAUUGUCUGUUAAAAUAAUUUGUCAUUUUCUAAAAUAUUUUUAUUUUCGUGAACAUUAUUGUGUCAUUGAACGUUUAUCAUGAAGUGUAAGAAUUGUUAUUAUAAAUCAUUAUUUAUUUCAAAA